GGAUAGUUCAGGGUGUCUCUAAGAGAGACAAAGAACUUUGUACAUUCUAAUAUGAUCCAGUCUUUGUUAACAUGGGUUGUAGACAUGAGAAGCACACUAACGUGUGAAUGAACUGAUUUCAAGAUAAAAUCCUCACUUUAUAGCAACAACUGUUUACUAGUAAAUUCUAAUCGAUUCAGUUGUCUGUCAGAUGUAUAAAAUAACAUUAUUUCUGUUACUUUGUAUUGGAUGCAGGAGGCCAGCCCUGACACUAUAUCCUUGGGGUUGAAUUUUCCUUGUAGCAAUGUCACAACAUAUAUAAAUAAAGAAAAGGAAAUGAUAGUGACACUGGAGAAGGCAUAUCUGCGUCAUAAUACUGAUGAAACUGCUAAAGAAGAAGCAGUGAGAGACAAAACAGUCCCACAAACCAGCACCUUAACCCCCAGUUCUUUUGAGGAAUUACAUAUUUCUGAUUUGCUCAAAUCCCCUGGAGGAAGUGAAUUAACCCUACUGACAGAAAUGGAGAUCGAACAUUACCUCUCAUGUAUCAAUACUGCAACAGAGGACAGUAAUGCUGCUUCCGAACUUAUGGCAGCUAUAAACUUGUUAGAAACUGAAGCAUGUACAGAUCAUUGGCCAGAAGGGCCUGAGGUGGACAAGGCAAACCCUGCGGUACUGGGUAAACUGGAUGAAGCCUUUAUAGAAAUCAACAGUCUUUUAUGGGAUCAUAACUGUAAAAGUAGCCAAGAAGUUUCAGAAAACCUAAAAUCUGAUAACAAUGUACAAAAGUAUUUAAAAAGCGUUCCAGAGGAAGAAAAAAGUAAUGCUGUGGGGCAAGCGCCAUGCACAGAAAGUAACAUUUUAAAUUCAGAGAUUAAAGGAGAGAAGUCCUUACGGACCCAUAUUCCAUCAGACUAUGCCAGGAAGAUGCCUACACACAGUGAAGAAGACAUGCAAACUAUGGAUGCAAGACCAGAGAAAUGGAAUGUGCAUGACAGCACCAAAACAAAUGACAAUACUUUGCCAAGAAAAGGUAGAAUAUGCUACCCUAUAAGUACAAGAAAAGGCCAAAGAAUGUCUAAGAGCAGAAUAUCUACUGGACACCGUAUAUUCAAUAAGACCAGCCGUAAUAUACACAAAAGAAACCAUAUGGGAGAGACGCAGCUCCAUAAGUCAGCCCAAAAAGGAGAUUUAGCCUCUGUGAAAAUUCUUCUUAAAGCUGGUAUAAAUGUAAACCAAAAAGAUAAUGCAGGCUGGACAGCAAUACACGAGGCUUCAUGUAAAGGGUUUACAGAUAUUAUCCUUGAGUUACUUCAUGCAGGUGCUGAUGUAAACAGUAAAGCAACAGAUGGAAUUUUGCCCAUUCAUGAUGCAGUCGUAGGAAACCAUUACAAGGCUGCAAAGAUUUUACUUGACUUUGGGGCAGAUCCUUUUGAGAAAGAUGAAAAUCACAAAAAUGCUUUUGACAAAUCCUGCAAUACCAGAAUGACCAAACUGUUAACAUCUUACAGCCGUAAACUGCAGGACUCCUUCCAAGAAAUGAUAUCUGAUGAAGAUAAUAUACAACAUAAAGCAAACUCUAAUGCUUCUUCAGUUACCUCUCCAACUAGAGAAAACUGUGCAAAGCAGUCUGUCCUGGACACUUUAGAAGACACAAAAAACAGACAAAGAAAACUCUUGUUGAAAGAAAGUAUGACACCAUUAGAUGCAGAAGAAAUGUGCCUUAUUCAAGAUAUUUUGAAUGAUGUAGUUACCAUGCAGAAGGAUGAAAGGGAUAUUCUUGCAAAAAAGUACAGGGCUUCUGUUGAUUCAUUUAAACAAGGGAUCUUAACAGAGAAGGUAACAAAUCUGGCAGGGAGGCAGAAGAUACUUCAGCAAGUUGUUUGCCAGCAAAAGGAAGUGGAUCAAAAAAUAACUGCCCAUAAGCAAAGUAAGAAAUCAGUUGUAUAUAGAUCAGAGGAAAGCUCAUGUCUGCAUUCCUGUAAUCUGUCUCCUGGAAGGAAUCAGAUCCCUGCAGUAUGUUCAGUUAGUGCAGGGCCGAAAGCCAACAUUGCUAAUGGAAGCUCCAUGACUAGUGUGGUACCAGCUAUAUCUGGAUCACCAGACUUGGAAAAUAGCACAGUCCAAGACAUAUUUAUGAGAUUCACUGGGAAUCCAGAGAUAAGUGAUGCAGGAGGCAAUCCUGCCAAUGUUUUCACUGCAGAAAGAAGAACAGAAAACUGCAUUUCAAAAUUAGCAUUCAAAGAAAAGCCAGCCUUUUUAGGUCUAGAGUACUCAUCUUCUAACCACAACACUGCCAACCCGCAGAAUGAGACAAAUGAGCAUUUAGAUUUUACAAAUACAGUAUCCAUGUCUCCUAAUCCUGGACCUUUAACCAGCACAGGCAGAACUGUUGUCCAAAACAAUGAUCCUCCUUCAGUCAGAGAUAGUUGCCAGAUGCCUCAUGCAGGCCAACAUUCAAAGAUUUAUUAUACUGACAUGGUCUCCCAGCAGAAAGAAAAUACAUCAGUGUCUUCUGUGGACAACUUAACAAGCAUAGGGAAACCGCAUCAAAGGAUGAUGGAUAAAGCACCCACAAGCCAUGUUGCAUCUAUCCAAAACACUCCUUCUCAGAGAUCUGAGAACCUAUCAGCUGCAAGCAGUCAUGCAAGGGGAGCAUCAAAAGGAAGGAUUAGAAAAAUUCACUUAAAAAAGCUUAUAAAUGCUGGAACAUUGAAGCCAGGAGAAAACGUCUUAGAGUUCAAAAUACAGGUAGUGACCUUUUAAGAUAAAGAUAUAGCGUAGUGUUCUGUAUUGCAUUUAUAAAUAGAAUUGUAUUCU